AUGCAGAAGACCCAGGUUUUGGACCCUGCUGUGGCCACUCCAAAUGGAACUCUGGUCCACCCAGCAUACUUUCUGCUGGUGGGUAUCCCCGGUCUGGGUCCUGAUAUACACUUCUGGCUGGCUUUUCCACUAUGUGUGAUGUAUGCUGUGGCCACCUUGGGCAACCUGGCUAUUGUCCUCAUUAUUCGCACAGAGAGAUAUCUGCAUGAGCCCAUGUACCUUUUCCUGGCUAUGCUUUCCACCAUUGAUCUUGUCCUCUCAUCAAUCACCAUGCCUAAGAUGGCCAGCCUUUUCCUGACAGGCAUCCAGGAGAUUGAGUUCAAUGUUUGUCUGGCACAGAUGUUCCUUAUUCAUGCUUUGUCAGCCAUGGAGUCAGCUGUCUUGCUGGCCAUGGCUUUUGACCGCUUUGUGGCUAUCUGCCACCCAUUACGCCAUGCUUCUGUGCUUACAGUGCCAACUGUGGCCAAGAUUGGACUCGCUGCCCUGACCAGGGGAUUUGUUUUCUUCUUCCCUCUGCCUUUCAUCCUGAAGCGCUUGUCAUACUGCCGAACACAUACUGUCACACAUUCCUUCUGUCUACACCAAGACAUUAUGAAGUUGUCCUGUACUGAUACCACCGUCAAUGUGGUCUAUGGACUCUUCAUCAUUCUCUCAGUCAUGGGCGUGGACUCUCUCUUCAUUGGCUUCUCCUACAUCCUUAUACUGCGAGCUGUGUUGGAGUUGUCCUCCAGGGGAGCUGCCUUCAAGGCUUUCAACACCUGCAUCUCCCAUCUUUGUGCUGUGCUGGUCUUCUAUGUGCCUCUUAUUGGACUCUCAGUGGUACAUAGGCUGGGUGGGCCCACCUCCCUGCUCCAUGUGGUUAUGGCUAAUACCUAUCUAUUGCUGCCACCUGUGGUCAACCCCAUUGUCUAUGGAGCCAAGACCAAGGAGAUUCGCUCAAGGGUCCUUCAAAUGUUCUCACAGGAUAGCACGUGA